CCGACGACGAGAAUAGCCUGACUAGCCAGAAGGAGUUGCGCAAUUGUUUUGUCCUCCUACAUCGUCAAUAUGGUACGACCUUCACAGCCGAUGAUGGCGCGCUUGCGCUUGACUACGAAACAGGUCAAUGGUGGCUUUUACAAGGGAAACCGGACCGGGUCGAUGGGUUAUUUUGCGAAGAAUGGAUCGUACGUGAUUGACUGGAAGAAAGUCCGCACGUAUGCUGUCCCGGAGAAUUUGAAGGACUUCAAGCUCACACCAUUCGUGACAAAAGUCAUGGCCCCUACGAAGAGCAGAUACACCCACGAUAUCGAGCGGAACAACAAGACCUACACAGUGGAUAGGGCAUUUGGCGGCAAGGACUUUCUUGAUAUCUGGGCAUCGGACAAUGGCGAGGAGGUUCUGAAGCAGGAAGAGUUAGACCAGGAGGCUGCGACGCGUCAGACGGCCAAGAGCCCUCGCAAAUAGAUGGGAAAACUUCAAUUUGAGAUAUAAUGGCGAAGGCCUAUCAGCGGCGGAAGACCAACCUUACGUCCUCUCACAGACGCACCACCAACACACCAGUGGUCACCAUUGGUUGUAUAUUAUGUACAGUAUUAGCAUUGGAGAUGAGAAUAGGGAUCUCGGCACAACCCACGGGAAAUGGAGCCCUAAGCGCCCAGGGUACAUUUCUAACGAGGCACUAUUGGUUCCUGGCGCAUAUUUGGGAUUUUGCACGGUAGCAUGCUUUUUCUGCCUUUGGCGAUGUGAUCUAAGACAGCACAUAGAACGCUUAUAUGGAUACCCUGAAUACUACUAUAGUUCAGGCACGCUGAACUGAUUGUUAGGAUACGGAAUUUUGAUAAUCCAGUGUGUAGAAAUAAAGGUGG